AUGUCGGAACCUAGGACCAUUCCAAAAUUCGGAUCGUUUCGCCCUAACCCAACGCCUACCAAUUCUCUUUCGACAGACAGCAAGGUAAUUGGUCGACAGGAGCGAAAGCAUCGUUCAAAGGGUGAGGGAAAUUUUAAGAGUCAUGACACCAAGCGAGAGGACAAAACAGCUCGCCGUCACCGUCAUCAUCGAAGAAGUAGAUCUAAAAGUCAAGAGAGAAGCAAAGAAAGAAAUCGACAAACGCUUGAUUUGAGACCUGUGGAAGCCGAAGCAAUCAAAAAGUCUGAUGAAUCGGAAGCUUUUUUCAUAGACACCAAAGGUGAUGAAAAGAACCUGGUGUACGGAAGUAUUCACAGGUAUGAUGUUCCGGUAUUCCGUCGUACAGGUGGUGGCAAUGUGAUAGGCACUUCAAAUCGAUUAAAAAUCGAUAGAUAUCUUGGUGAUGGCAAGUAUAUUGUUCUCUCAGAUUGGAGGGAUUCCACAUUUGGUCCACGAGAAAGAUAUACAUUCUCCAAAAUUAAAGGUGUAAGGCCUAGACUGCUGAAGAUUCGGCCUGAGAGCAUCGGAGAACAUCAAGACGUUCUUAAUGAGGACUUCGUGGCGCUCGAUGAUUCUAAAAUCAAACGAAGCGGCGACCAGGAAAGCGAUGAUCAAGCAAGUGGCGCCGAAGAUGAAAUCAAUUAUAGGUCGAUACAUGGCAAGAAGAAAGUUGGUGAUCAGCCUGAGGAUGUCGCAUUUCAGUACGCCGGUGAAAGUGAUGAUGCCGAAAACCAAGGAUCUCAUGCAGUCGGCUCUAAUCAUGCACAUCGACAAAAGGAUUUGGAGCUGAAGCGCCGGGUGGAACAAUGCCCCGAUGAUAUUGACGCCUGGCUUGAGUUAAUCAAUCUCCAAGACAAUGCUCUUUACGGAAAGGAUGAGCGACAUCGGGCUACGAAUGCUGAGAUCAAAAGUACAGCAGAGAUAAAGAUCUACAUGUAUGAGAAAGCUCUAGGGCAGGCAAAGUCUAUGGCUGAUCGUGAGCGUCUUUUAGUCGGGUUCAUGUCAGAGGGGAGUAAGGUAUGGGAAAGCAAAUAUCAAAGUGAUCGCUGGGAAGAAAUAUCCCAAGCAAAUAUUGAUAGUCUCACGUUGUGGAAGAACUACUUGCUUUUUAAACAAAGUACAUUUUCAACAUUUCGGUACGAGGAGAUACGAGAUAUAUUCAUAAAGCGCAUUAAACUUCUUCGGAAUGAAAUUGGAAAUGCGAAUCCUGGUUCCGAAAUGUCACUUUGGCAGCAGCUCAUCUACGUCCUACUACGAGCUACCAUCUUCAUUCGGGAGUCUGGGUUCUCCGAAUUGUCAGUGGCGAUCUGGCAAGGUUUAAUCGAGUUAAACUUCUGUGGGCCGAAAAGUCCAGAAGAACCAGUGGACCGUAUUAAAACAUUUGGCGAGUUUUGGGAAACAGAACUUCCUCGUGUUGGCGAGGAAAACGCACUUGGCUGGAAUCAUUUUGUUCAACAGUCGGGUGAUAUCGAUGCGCCCGGAAGCAUCAUCGACGCUACGACGAAUGAGCUGGACGGCAACGGCUUGUUUAGGAGCUGGAGUGCAGCAGAACGGCGAAGACAUAACGCUUCAAGUCUCCCCGCCAGAACUCUCGAUGAUGUUGCCGAGGACGAUCCUUAUAGGGUUAUUUUAUUUUCUGACGUUGAAGAUUUCAUGGCUGCUUUACAACCAGGCUGUGAGGAGAUGUUGAGAUCUUCUUUGUUCGAUGCAUUUCUAAUAUUCUGCCGCAUGCCGGCUAUGGCUAGCCAAGGAGAAGAGAGCCGAUCAGAAUUAAGUAAGGACACUCUUGGUCACGAGUUUCUGGAGAGUGAUCCCACGUACAUCUCUCAACGCUGUCUAAAUAAGCCCAAGAUGGACGAAAAUGCGGCUGCAAAAACCGAGUCACCCUUAACGACUCCUGUAUCCAACUAUUACAUGUCCUCUGAUACCUUAUUCUCAACUGGAUUGUGGUUUAGCAAGAUGCUGAGUUGGCAAGAAAGAUAUUCUCCGGUUUAUCAACCACUCUCGUAUGUUUGGGUUCGUAAUACGCUCAAGCAAAUCAACAACUUUUAUUCAAAUGAGGAUCUCGCUGAAUAUUACAUGGCAUUCGAAUGGAAAAACGAACCAGCCACGAUCAAGAAAGUCUGUAAAGGACUUUUGAAGCAACAUCCUACAAGUCUUCGGCUGUACAACGCAUACGCCAUGAUCGAAGCAGCAAGAGGGAACAGAGACGUUUCCAACAGUGUGUUCUCGGCUGCUAUAAGCAUGAGCAAAUCUGUUCCUGAAAAGCAGAGCCGCGAUACCAUACUGCUCUGGAAGAGCUGGGUUUGGAGUUUCCUGGAAAGUUCAGAUAACUCUGGGGGUUUACAACGCAUCCUUACCAUACCAGAUGGCGUACUCUCAGAUUCCCUCACCAGUACUCCCGCCACGCUGCUCAGAACAAAACAGUACCUAAGGUCCAACCGAGACUAUCUUCUCUCCUCAGGAAACUUCUACCACGCCGCCCUACACACAGAACUCCUAGCACUCUUAGAAUACCUAACCACAACCUCACCCCAAGAAACCCAAUCCAGCACCCAAGGCAACAUAACAAGCGCCCUCACAAUCUACACCACCUUAUCCACAACCCUCACAAUCCACCCUACCGCCCACGAACUCCUCCUCCAAUCCUCCGCUCGCCUCCUCCACCACCACGCUCGCACCGGCCCCUUCCGCCCCGCCCUCCUCCGGCAACACCUAACAACCUACCUCACCCUCUUCCCAAGCAACACCAUCUUCCUUUCCCUCUACACCUGGAAUGAGUCGCGGCUGCGCAUCGAAAACCGCGUCCGUGCCAUCCUGCACUCCACAGUCCUGCUGCUCGAGCACGACGUCCUAACAUCCCGUAUCUUCGCCAUCACCUACGAGAUCCAACAUGGAACCAUCCACUCCGCGCGCUCAGCCUUUGAACACGCCGUUGCCUCGCCGGCGUGUCGAGCUUCUCCAGCGUUGUGGCGGUUGUAUUUGUUGUAUUGUCUGCAAACCCCGGAGUUUGUGGGAAUGGCGAAGGAUAUCUGGUAUAGAGCACUUAACGCGUGUCCCUGGGCCAAGGAAUUGUAUGUGUUGGGAUUGGAGAGGUUAGAAGGUAUAGUAGCGUUUGAGGAGUUGAGGCGGACAUGGAGGGUUAUGGGGGAGAAGGAGUUGAGGGUACAUGUUGAUCUUGAGGAGAGGUUUGAGGACAUGGUUGAGCUGGAGGAGGGGAGGAAGAUGGGGAGGUUAGGAUUCAGACAGUAA